UAAUUCAAUACAGUGUUACAAAAUUCAGACUUGUCAGUCCUACACUGUUUUUGUUCAUUGCGCUUAUUUUUGUUUUUCAAAUAAUUAUCCAAAGAUCAAACGAGAUGUUAAUUGUUUUAUAUUACGGAAUUGUUCUUGUAAGUAAUGUGUUAUGUUAUGAUGAAGGCUUUGAUUUGUUCUUUAAAACAAAUCUCGAUGAAAUGAAUGAUGUUCCAAUAGAAUUUGACCCACCGAUACCGGCGUGGAUAAAAGGCACUUUGGUGAGAAAUGGUCUCGGGAGAUUUGAAGUCGGCAAGAGAAGGUUCCUCCAUGCAUUUGAUGCUUUCAGCAAACUUUCCAGUUGGAAGUUCUACGGCAACGGAUCAGCAUCUUUUUCAACAAGAAUUCUACAAUCUGAGUUCUACAAAACGUCAACAAAUGAUGACGACAUCGCAGCGUUUCUGAUGUUUGAAGGGGUUACUCCACCCUUUAACGAAGUUGAGAAACUUGAAGCAUUAACUCGGGGUAUAGACAAUAUGAAUGUCAACGUGUAUAGAAUAUAUGACAUCGAAAAACGUCCUGAGUACAUCGCACUAAAUGACUUCUGGAAAGUGUAUAAAUUCAACCCGACAGAUCUGUCAACAUUAGGAGACGUAACAGCCGACAUUCCAAGAAAAAAUACACCAGUCGGUAAAUUCGCAUUUCUCAGCUUCCUGUCAUCAGCACAUCCGCUUUCAGAGCCGGGGACCAAUAAUCAUUUUACUUUCUUGUCGAGUGUCAGUUUAGUGCCUUGGAUAAAAAGUACGAUAUCUUUAAUUCGUAUCAACUCAUUGUCGAAGAGACAACUAGUUGCACAGUGGAAUGUUGAGAAGGUACCUUACAUGCAUUCUUUCUCCGUCACUCAGAAUUACGCCAUUUUAUUUGCCAGUCCAUUCUACGUGAAUACUUUGAAAAUAGUUAAAUCUGCUGAACCUUUUGAGAGUUUAGAUUGGUUCCCGGAAGAAAAGACUAAAGUUUUUGUCGUAAAUAUUAAAACAGGUGAAGUGAAAACUCUUGAAACAGAUAACAUGUUUUGUAUGCAUUUCGUAAACGCUUUUGAGAAUGAAAAUGGACAAGUAGUCGUAGAUGCUUCUUCGUAUCCCAACCCAGAUUUCGUCGGUAGCUUGCAAAUUGAAGUUCUCAUGGACCCAGUUCGCAGGAAUAGCUUUGAUGCGCAUGCACUGAUUAAACGUUACGUCAUUGAUGUCGAAUCGGAAGAAAUCGGACUACAUCAUUUUGAGCCGUCUAUUUCCGUGCCUUUUUCUGUCAAACUUGAUAUGCCAGUGAUUAAUGAAAACUUCCGGUACAAGAAAUAUUGUUACAUAUAUGGUCUUGUUUUAAAAAGUGACGACAAGCGAUUGAGUAACAUUUCAAUCGUGAAGAAAAAUGUUUGCGGUCAACCGGAAGUGGAUAAAUCAUGGUUAAUCGAAGGGCACUAUCCUGUUGAGCCAUGGUUUAUUGAGCAUCCUCAUGCACAGAGUGAAGACCAUGGUUUAAUCAUGUUUCCAGUGAUUGAUGGACACAAUGCCAGUUCUUAUUUGGCAAUACUUGAUGCGAGGAAUAUGAGUCUUGUAACAAAGGCCUACCUCCCAACCAUUGUGCCGUAUAACCUACACGGGAGAUUCUUUCCGGAGGUCGUAUAGUUAGGUUCCUUGCGUAACAAUCACGUGACAAUCACGUGGUGUCAGUGACUGGUAAUCCAGACUAGGAGGUCUUAUAGAUAUGAUAAAAUUAUGUUACGACACUUAAAUGUUAGGUAACAGUAAAUGUGUCAGUUGCAUAAAUCGUACAACUUAGAUAUAAGAUUUAUACACUAUCAACCUAAUCGAUAAAUACCGCGUGGUCCACUUAAUUAUUCAUUGGCAUUUAAAUGUCGCAUUGGAAGUUGGUCAAGGUGUUACCGAACUGCGAAUGUGGUUGUUCUGUGACUUAUUGUAUUUCAUAUACUCGUGGAUAUUUGAGCCGCGCCAUAACAAAACCAACAUAAUGGGUUUCGACCAGCAUGGA